CCUGAAACCCCUCUAACUGAAAAAUUUGUGAACAUCAUCAAUGUCGAAAUCGGGCCGCUCAAUUAGUACGAUAUUGUCCGCUUUAAGCCAAGCCCGCACGGUAUUACUCUUGGGUGUCCUCCCCAAAAGACCUUGUACUAAUGAGCUUGGUGUACACUUAUAUACAAGGGUUCCUUCCCUUAUAUUUCCGAUGUGGUACUUGGAUUGUCCCGUAACAAUCCUCACCUCAAGCCAAGGACCACGAACUUCGUGUCCUCACCUCCGCGAUUAUCUUGAUCCGCCAGACACCUUGUACGAUGGGCUUCUCGUACAAGGAUUUUCCCAAAACGCGAAACUCUCUUUGAUCCGCCAAACAGACGUGGAUCGCACAUGGAUCCACCAGACAAACGCGGACUUCCCUCGAUCCGCCAAACCAGAUGUAGCCCAAAGGUUGAUCUCUCGUGAAUCCACCAAACCAGACGCAAAUCUCAAAUCCCGAGGUCACCGAAUGGUAGAUCCCAAAGCUCCAACUCCCUGUCCAAUAUCAAGGCUCAAUGACGAAAAUCCAGGCACUGGGGUCUUCUAUAUCAUAAUCCCACCUAGAGCACCAGAUUGGCCAUUUUAGCAUGGAUCCACUUAGGUCAUGUUUGGCUUUUCCCGAUCAAUUAGUACAAUAUUGUCCGCUUUAGUCCAAGUCCGCACGGUUUUACUCUUGGGUGUCCUCCCCAAAAGGCCUCGUACUAAUGAGCUUGGUGGACACUUAUAUACAAGGGUUCCUUCCCUUGUAUUUCCGAUGUGGUACUUGGAUUGUCCCAUAACAAUCAGAUCAAUCGCGAAACAUAAAUGUGUGAUCAUUAGAGGCUUGCACCUAGGGUGAAAAAGGAAUCUGGUUAUCGCUCACUGCCUUCCUAGACAGACCAUCCAAAACCUCCAUAACUAUUGUGAAGAGAUAGGGAGACAGUGGAUCUCCUUGUCUGAGGCCUUUACAAGCUUUUAUAUUCCCACAAAGACCACCAUUCAUUGACACCUUAAUAGUUGGAGUAGUAACACAAGCAGACAACUUAAUAAACCCAGAGGGGAAUCCCAUUGCUUCCAUAACAGUGAACAAGAACUUCCAAUUAACAGAAUCAAAUACCUUCAUUGUAUCAAUUUUCACCGCACAUCUUGGAGUUAUGUUCUUAUAAUGAUAGUUCGUCACAAGCUCUAAAACUAACAGUAUAUUAUCACUAAUGGCUAUUCCCUUAACAAAUGUAGACUGAGAUC